AUGGCUUUAAACUCUACGCAGUCAGUAGAAAGGUUUCCGUCUGAUUCUUCAAUAAAAGAUGACAGAGACUGGCCUGAUUUUGUUUGCGGAGCGGGAGCAGCUGCCGUUAACAUUCUCUCGACGUUCCCCGCCCACAAAGUCAUGUUUCGGCAGCAAGUUGAGGGGUUAAGGAUUCGCUAUGCAGUGCGCCAGGUGCUAAGAGAAGGGGUGUGGAACCUUUAUCGUGGAGUUGUUCCACCAUUGAUGCAAAAAGGAACUUCAAUGGCGAUUAUGUUUGGUUCAUACAACAAGUUCCAAAGAAUGCUUUCUCGUAAUUUAACAAGCACUUCUUCAGUGGCCACUAGUGCAAUAGCAGCAAUGCUAGCGGGAACGAUAGAAGCACUUUUUACACCAUUUGAACGAAUACAAACUUUAAUGUCUCAUCGUGGGCACAACGAAAGGUUUUCCAACACAUUUCAAGCUUUCAAAGUCGUGGGAGUGCAAUAUGGAUUGCGAGAAUAUUAUCGAGGGCUUACUCCGAUACUGUUGAGAAAUGGACCCACUAAUGUGUUAUUCUUUGGCUUGAGAGGCCCAUUAAAGUCCAUUCUGCCGGAGGCAAAAACUAGUAUUGGAAAUGCAGCCAAUGAUUUUGUUAGUGGAGCUGUUUUGGGGGCGUGUUUGAGCACAUUGUUCUUUCCAGUUAAUGUUGUGAAAAGCCACAUGCAAAAACAGUUGGGUGGAGAAUUUGUGAACUGUUUCAAAGCUUUCACUGUAGUUUUUAAUGAAAGAGGAAGGAGAACACGACGGCUCUUCUAUGGAGUCUCACUGAACUACACUCGUGCUCUUGUGUCUUGGGGAAUAAUUAACUCCACUUACGAGCUUUUGAAGAAUUGUUCAGGAAACAGCAAUGUUCUGAGGACAAAAAUGCAUACAAAAACUUAA